UUCAACCUUGACUGUGUCCGUAGAUAUCCUCGGCAAAGACUAGUUUCGUUGCCGGUUUGAGGAAGAAAGUUGAUUCUCUCAUUCGCGCGCGCGCUCUUUCUCUCUCUCUCUCUAUCUCACGGCGGGCGAUUCUUCCCUGCUCCGGCGAAGAUAGAAACUUGAAAUUGAUGGUUGUAAAGGCGGAGACUUCACCUAGUAGUGUUGUUUGCUUAGGAUGAACGGUGCUCCCUUUUGCGAUCGUAGAGGGUUUCUGCUUUUAGGUUUUACUACCUCUCUCUCAUGGAAUGGCUGAUCUCGUGAGCUACGGUAGUUUCGAGCGCGACAUCGAACAGGCUCUGAUUGCGUUGAAGAAAGGUGCUCAGCUCUUGAAGUAUGGUCGGAAAGGAAAGCCUAAGUUCUGUCCCUUUAGACUCUCCAAUGAUGAGACCUCUUUGAUAUGGAUCUCAAACGGUGGAGAAAAACGUUUGAAGUUAUCUACUGUAUCUAAGAUUGUUCCUGGCCAAAGAACUGCUGUUUUCCAACGUUACCUUCGCCCUGACAAGGACUAUUUAUCUUUCUCUCUCAUUUACUCCAAUAGGAAGCGGACUCUUGACGUGAUUUGCAAGGACAAAGUUGAGGCUGAGGUGUGGAUAGCUGGCCUUAAAGCUCUGAUAUCUGGUCAGGGCGGCCGCGCCAAAAUCGACGGCUGGAGCGACGGCCUCUCCAUUGCUGAUAGCAGAGACUUGACAUUAGGCAGUCCUACAAACAGCUCGGUUUGUGCCUCACGAGAUUUCAACAGCGUUGACACUACUCCUUACACUUCAACCACUUUCUCAAAGUCCAUCCGAACCGAGAACUCCGUCAGUUCCGAGAGGUCACAUGUGGCACCAUCAGGUAGUCCCAACAUGUCAGUACGAGGACCUUCAACAGACGUGUUCCGCGUUAGUGUCUCUAGUGCUCAGAGCACCUCAAGCCACGGUUCUGGUCCGGAGGAUCGUGAUGCUCUAGGUGAUGUCUAUCUCUGGGGUGAAGUUCCAUCUGGUAAUAGUAAUAAUAAUGUCAGGGCUGAUAAGAAUAAUGCUGGUUGCGUUGUUGGUUCGAAGUCUAACGUUCUGGUUCCAAAGCCGUUAGAGUCCAACGUGGUUCUCGAUGUCCAUCAGAUAUCGUGCGGUGUCAAGCACGCUGCUCUAGUGUCUAGGCAAGGCGAGGUGUUCACGUGGGGAGAAGAGUCAGGAGGACGUCUCGGCCACGGGAUGGGGAAAGACGUUACCGGGGGACCACCGCAGCUCAUCGAGUCUCUAGCAGUUUCUAGCGUUGACUUCGUCGCGUGCGGUGAGUUCCACACGUGCGCUGUCACGAUGUCCGGAGAGAUUUACACGUGGGGAGAUGGAACACACAACGCGGGGCUUCUAGGGCACGGGACGGACGUGAGUCACUGGAUACCUAAGAGAGUAUCAGGUCCUCUCGAAGGUCUUAGAAUAGCUUCUGUGUCGUGCGGACCGUGGCACACUGCUUUGAUAACGUCCACGGGACAUCUCUUCACUUUUGGAGAUGGUACGUUUGGUGUUUUAGGACACGGUGAUAGAGAGACUGUGUUUUACCCGAGGGAAGUCAAGUCUCUGUCUGGUUUGAAGACUGUUGCUGUGGCAUGUGGUGUGUGGCAUUCUGCUGCGGUGGUGGAAGUCAUUGUGACGACGGCGACUCAGUCGAGUUCGUCGUCAUCAGGGAAGCUGUUCACGUGGGGUGAUGGUGACAAGGGCCGUCUCGGUCACGGAGAUAAAGAGUCUAGGCUCAAACCUACAUGCGUGUCAGCUCUCAUCGACUAUGAUUUUCACAAAGCUGCGUGUGGACAUAGCUUAACGGUUGGGUUAACCACAUCAGGGAGAGUGUUCACCAUGGGGAGUACUGUCUACGGUCAGCUAGGGAACCCUAACCCCACUGGUGACGGGAAGCUUCCUUGCUUAGUAGAGGGAAGACUGAGCAACGACUGCGUCGAAGAAGUAGCUUGCGGAGCUUAUCAUGUAGCGGUGCUAACAUCUCGGAACGAGGUGUUCACGUGGGGGAGAGGUGCUAACGGGAGACUAGGACACGGUGACGUGGAGGACCGUAACGCGCCGACUCUCGUAGAGGCGCUGAGAGACAGACAUGUCAAGUACAUUGCGUGCGGUGAUAACUUCACGGCGGCGAUAUGUCUUCAUAAGUGGGCUUCUGGUGCCGAGCAGACUCAGUGUUCGGCUUGUAAGCAGGCGUUCGGGUUCACCAAGAAGAGCCACAACUGUUACAACUGUGGCCUCGUCCACUGCCACUCGUGCAGCUCCAAGAAGUCGCUGAAGGCUUCCCUGGCUCCUAAUCCAGGGAAGCCUUACCGCGUCUGCGAUUCUUGUUACUCCAAGCUGAGCAAAGCCUCGGAGGGUAGCGUGAUGCCGCGUCUCUCCGGUGAGAAUAAGGACAGGUUGGAUAAAGCUGAGCUGAGGCUGGCUAGAUCUGGAAUACCGUCUUCGAAGAUAGAUUUGAUCAAGCAGCUAGAUAGCAGAGCAGCUAGACAAGGAGGAGGAAGGAAAGGAGGGGAGACUUUCUCUCUUGUCAGAACUUCUCAGACGCCUUUGUCACAGCUCAGGGAUGCUUUGAGUAAUGUGGCGGACUUGCGGCGUGUGCCGCCGAAACCUGCGGUGACUCCAUCUGGUGGGAACUCUAGAUCUGUGUCACCUUUCUCGAGGAGAACUAGUCCUACUCGUUCAGUCACUCCCAUUCCUUCGAUGGGUGGUCUUGGUUUCUCAGCUAGUAGUGUAACCGAGAGUUUGAAGAAGACUAAUGAGCUUCUGAACCAGGAAGUGGUAAAAUUACGUGCUCAGGCUGAGAGCUUGAGGCAGAGAUGUGAGGUCCAAGAACUUGAAGUCCAGAAGUCUGUGAAGAAAGCACAAGAAGCAAUGAAACUUGCAUCAGAAGAAACCGCCAAAUCAGAAGCUGCAAAAGAAGUUAUAAAAUCUCUCACAACACAGCUGAAGGAUAUAGUGAAGCUGCUACCACCCGGUGCUCACGAAGCAGAGAUCACAAGAACAACUAAUUUACUGAACGGGUUUCACUUUGCUAACGCAAAGGGACAGCAGCGUUCAUCACGAUCUGAUUCAACGAGCGACACCUCCUCUCUUGCAUCGCCUUUGACCCCUCCUCCCUCGCGUUCGAUGAAUGGACUCUGGAGAAGCUCUCAGUCGCCAAGAAACACAGAUGCAAGCACGGGAAGAGAUGAGCUUCAAAGCGACGGUGUUAGACACAGUAAUGGUUUCUCAGAGGAUGGUGACACUCGCAGGAACUCGAGAAGCUCGGUAGCAACUUCAAAUGCUUCUCAAGUGGAGGCUGAGUGGAUUGAACAGUAUGAGCCUGGUGUUUAUAUCACACUACUGGCACUAGGAGAUGGAACUAGAGAUCUCAAACGUGUGCGCUUUAGCCGGAGAAGAUUCAAGGAGCAACAAGCGGAGGCAUGGUGGACAGAGAACCGAGAAAGAGUAUAUGAAAAGUAUACCAUUCGUGGUACGGAUAGACCAAGUGUGCAAUCACAGUUCCAGACAUGAUCCAAACAAGCAUAGGAAGCAGUUUUUGCACUGUAUAUUUUAUAGAGAAUCUCUAUCGUGUUAUUUUACAAAAGAGUUUGUCGUGAGUUUGAUGAUUUUAUUUUGUACUAACCAACUCCCAAGUCUUGAUGUAUGUGGAAACCGUCAACUAACUUCAUGAUGUUUUAGGUUUCUUUUUACUGCACUGCACUAUCAGUUUCUCUUUUGUCUU